AAAAGAACAGUUAGAGGUUGACUUGGUCCUCCCAUCGAGGCAAUCCCUGAAGAGUCCAUUUGCCACUGAAAAAAGAAUUCCACAUCACCAGGAGCUCUACGGGGAAAUAUGGAAGAAACUAUGAAAAGGUUUCAAUGGAGAAAGGAUGAUGGAUGUGUCCAACUUUCCCACGAGCUCUCGGCGGGUGAGAAAGAAGCCACUGAGAACAGAAAGGCAAAAGUCCUGGAGUGCCUCAAGAGUCUUGGCAUUGCCCGUGAUGAGGAUACAAAGGAUAACAUGCCCAAUAUCACCAUCCUAGGAUCAGGCGGAGGUCUGCGGGCCAUGAUAGCCCUUCAAGGAACCUUGGUGGAGAUGAAGAAGCAGGGCCUGUUGGAUGCUGUCCUGUAUCUGUGUGGGGUAUCGGGUUCCACCUGGUGCAUGUCCACCCUCUACAAAGAGAAGGACUGGACAGAGAAAGUACAGGACUUGGAAGAACGCCUGUGUGAUACACUUUCCAAAUCUUCAUGGGAUCUUCAUAAGGCAUACUCUCUUGUGUGCCAGGCAGCUAAAGAUGAACUCUUCUCUCUGACUGAUGUCUGGGCCUCUUUCGUUGUCUAUAAAAUAUUGAAGCAGUAUGAUCAGACCACGUUAUCUCAACAAGAUGAUGCCUCCACAAGUGGGACAAAUCCUUAUCCCAUCUAUGCGGCAGUGGAAGCAAAGAUAUCACAUAAAGCAGAUGAAAACAGCCCAGGCAACUGGUUUGAAUUCACUCCUCAUGAGUCUGGCUUUCCCGGCCUAGGGGCAUUUGUGUGCACAAAAAACUUGGGAAGCAAAUUCAAGAACGGGAAGUUGAAAGAUAACGGCGAAGAGAAAAGUAUUUGCUACCUGCAAGGUUUAUGGGGAAGUGUCUUUGGAAGCAUGGAGGAAAACAUGAAAUAUUUAAAAGAGCUUGUUCUUCAAAUAUUUUCCGGAGGACUGCGAGGAGAACAUCAGUAUGCAGUAGGUGGAGCAGAAAACACAUCAGAAAUGGCCAUGCCUCCACUUGGAGGAGGUACUCAUUGCACUUGUGCACAUUGUCGGAGUGCCCUCCUCCUCCUGGAGUUUCACAGUCAUGCCUCAGCUGGGGAAGACUGCAAGGGAGUCUUUGAGAAGCUGAAGGAAGUCCUGAAAGAACACAAGGGCAAGAAUUCCUACCAGAAGUGCUGUGAAAUGAGCGACACCUGGAGUUCAAAGACCUUGUCAGCAAGAAUGGAAGAGUGUGCUGAAUUCGGCAGGAUUUUUGAAACAGAACAUGGAGGAAGUGUAUCGAGUGCAUGUAAAUUGUUUUGGAAAAUCUGUAUCUGUAUCUUCCACUGGAGAUGGGGGAGCACCCAUAACUUUCUGUACAAAUGUCGUGAUGCUAAAUCCACUGGCUUGGAUAAGGAUGAAGUCAUCAACUUGAUCGAUGCGGGCAUUGGCAUAAAUUCCGCCUACCCCCUUGUUCUGCGUCCGGAGAGGAAAGUGAAACUGAUCCUUUCCUUUGACUUCAGCAAUAAGGAUCCUUUCAAGACCAUCAAGAAGACUGCCGAGUACUGUGAGGCAAAUAACAUCCCAUUUCCCAAGAUAGACCCAGAAAAGCUGAAGGACACAGAUACCCCCUCCAGUUGCUACAUCUUCAAAGGGAAGGAUGUUCCCACCGUCAUGCACUUCCCACUCUUCAACAAGGAAAAUUUUCCAGAUAAAAUACAUGACUUCAGAGAGAGAUAUUCCACCUUUCAGUUUUCCUACAAAGAGGAUGAUGUCAAAGAACUCCUCAAAAGAGCAAAGAUGAACGUAUCCAACAACAAGGAGAGGAUUCGGGAGGAGAUCCAGCAGAUUGUUUCCUCCUCCACCAAGAAGUUUUAAAACCAUUUCUCUGUUUUGCUCGUGUUCAAGAAGGACAGAAAAUCUGAGCCUGGACCUGAGCGGCACUGUGACUAUUUCAAACCUAAAUGCAGUAGAAGGAGUUAGUUUUCCUGGCUUGGAUUCACAAAGGGAUUUAGGGACCUAUCUGCCACUUUAGGUGCCUCAGUCCCACAUUUAGGCACCCCUGGGAAUCACAAAACUCUUGUUUAGCUGCUGCGAAACUCUGUAGCACCUAAACUCCCUUGGUAUCUAAGCUGUUGCAAUGAAAUAUCCCCGGGUGCCUAUGUUUCAGCCUCGGGGCAUGUGCACUGCAGCCACCAUCUUGGUGUCCGGGUUCCUAAACCCCAGAGUGAUUCCUGACCUGUGAAAGAUAGCUGUUCCUCUGCCUACCUCACCAAUGGAGCCUGAGCCAUGAUGCGAGAAGGAGGAAGAUGGCCUCCCUCAUAACUGUUAGCCCAGUAGGUAGCGUACUCACCUGGGAUAGAGGAGACUGCAGGUCAGUUUCCCUCUUUGCUUCAUGGGGAGAAAGGAUUUGAAGCAUAUCUGCUACUUAUGUGGUGGGUGCCCUCAUCAUUGGGCAGCGGGAUAGUCUGAUGGUGAGGUAGUCUUAAAUCUCUCUGUUCAAGAUGUUCCACUGCGGAUUAAAGACAAUUUUGGCCAGACAGAGAGAAAGCAAGCUUGAGAAGGAAAGAUCCUUUCAUGGAUUAGUAACUGGUUAAAAGAUAGGAAACAAAGGGUCAGAAUAAAUGGUCAGUUUUCAGAAUGCAGAG